CCGAUGUUCUCUCUCUUGUCAGCGCAAAUACAUAAACUGGUGAACAAGCUGGUGUCGUGUCAAGUCUUGAAAGGGGUAAGAUGGUUGGAGAAGCAACAAACUUGAGGAGUGAAGAACUGAACUUUUGCUUUGAGAAGCUGAUGAUGGUUGGUGGUAAUAAUAGUGGGGUUGUGAAAAUGAAAGGUUUGGCCAUCACUGAGUGGAAAGAUAUCCCCAUGGAGCUCUUGUUGAGGAUCGUUUCACUUGUUGAUGAUCGGACGGUCAUCAUGGCUUCUGGGGUUUGUAGUGGAUGGAGAGAUGCCAUUUGUUUGGGCCUCACCUAUCUAUCCCUCUCUUGGUGCAAGAAAAACAUGAACAAUUUGGUUCUGUCUCUUGCCCCAAAAUUCACAAAACUGCAAACUCUGGUGUUGCGUCAAGAUAAACCACAACUUGAGGAUAAUGCAGUUGAAGCUAUUGCAAAUUCUUGUCAUGAUUUGCAGGACCUGGACCUUAGCAAAAGCUUCAAGCUUAGUGAUCGAUCCUUGUGUGCCUUGGCUCUGGGUUGUCCUAAUCUUAUUAAACUCAACAUCAGUGGGUGUACAGCUUUCAGUGAUCAUGCUCUUGCAUAUCUCACUGAGUAUUGUCGGAAACUAAAAAUUUUAAAUCUUUGUGGAUGUGUAAAAGCUGCAACUGAUUAUGCAUUGCAGGCUAUUGGGCGUAACUGUAGUGAGUUGCAGUCUUUAAAUCUUGGAUGGUGUGAGAAUGUUGGGGAUGUAGGAGUGAUGAGUUUAGCAUAUGGAUGCCCAGAUCUCAGAUCCCUUGACUUGUGUGGCUGCGUUCACAUAACAGAUGACAGUGUGAUUGCGUUGGCAAAUCGGUGUCUGCAUCUGAUAUCCCUUGGCUUGUACUAUUGUCGCAACAUCACAGACAGAGCAAUGUAUUCGCUGGCCCAAAGCCGAGUGAAGAACAAACCUGAGAUGUGGGAACCCAUGAAAAAAAGUAGGUAUGAUGAGGAAGGGCUUAAGAGUCUGAAUAUCAGCCAGUGCACGGCGCUCACCCCUUCAGCUGUUCAAGCAUUAUGUGAUACAUUUCCUGCACUCCAUACCUGCUCUUGGAGGCAUUCCCUUGUCAUGAGUGGGUGUUUGAAUUUGACAUCUGUGCAUUGUGCUUGUGCCAUCCAGCCACAUCCACAUCGUACAGCAAACUCUAUUCCUCACCCAGCUCAUUGAUACGCUCUUUAGGCUGAGGAAUGUCAAGUUCCCUUGCUUGAGGCCCCAAGAGGGAGUAUAAUGCCCCCGUGUCGUACAUAUGGUUGUGUUUAAAAUUAGGACUGUGGCUUUAUUUUAUUUUGAUUUUUAUCUUCUUGUGUUCAAAGCUAUGUGUUGGAUGGUGGUUGUUUAAAUGUUGAGGAAAUAUAUGCCUUAUGUAAUUACAGGCUGUAUAAAUAUUCCAAAAUCAUAUCAAUCUAUGUUGAAAAUCUGAUUUUGUUUGUGGAAAAAA